AUGUUGAAAUCAUAUCUAAAAACAAUUCUUCUAUUAUUAUUAUUGAUCAAAUUAAUAUCGGGUUACUACGUUAGUCCUGAUGACCUUAAUAAAUGUCAUAGUUUCAUUGAUAAUUUUAAAGGUUCUCGUAUCGUUGAAGCUCAUAAAUAUAAUGGAAAUCCCAAAUCAGCCGAUUGGAUUAACAUUAGCGGUAAUAAAGAAACUUAUACUUUAAAACAUGGACUAUUAGAAGCUCAUUUAUUAAAGCCACGUGGUAACAGGCCUCUAGGUCACGGAGUAACAUUGAAUAGUACAUAUAAAUUACAUUAUGGAUCAAUUUCGAUUACUAUGAAACCUCAUGGUGCUGGAGGUGUAGUUUCUGCUUUUAUUGUAAAAAAUGGAGAUGAAAUCGAUUGGGAAUGUUUAGGUGGUGAUACAAAUCACGCUCAGUCCAAUUACUUUUGGAAUGGUGAACUUCUUUAUGGUGUAAAUGGUGGUAUACAUUUGAUUAGGGGUAAACCUAUGAAUGAAGAUUUUCAUACUUAUUCUUUUGAUUGGAAACCUGAUCGUAUUGUUUGGAAAAUUGAUGGUCGAGUAGUAAGAACUUUAUGGAAAAAAGAUACUUAUGUAUUUGGAUUUUAUAAAUUUCCUACUAGACCAUCUUACGUACAAAUCGGUAUUUGGGAUGGUAGUUCUCCGGGUACUGUAAAUUGGGCUCAUGGUCCCAUUAAAUGGUCUUCUUUACCAGACAAGUUAACAACUCAAAUUAAACAAGUUAAAGUUACUUGUGACCCAAAACAUAAUAUUAUUGUUUAA